AUGGCUGCCACGUACAUUGUCGUCACUGCUCUGAUUAUCGCCGUUGGAUGUGGGUUCUCUGAUGUCGAGGCAGGGGUUAUCUCAAAAGGCAAGGAGGUCCCCGCUAAAGCGAAUAUUGAUGAUUUAAAAAUUCUGAAGCAAGAUAUCUUGAAACGGACACCAAGCGGUGAGAUCGAAAAGAGCGAUGUGUGUGCCAAGGUGUAUCCAGAUUUUCCCUACAUGUGCGCUGAUUUCAGCUGGUGCCUGGCGGAAACCCAGAUAUGUGACGGGCAUGUGACGUGUCAGGACGGAAGUGACGAAAACAACUGCCAAGAGAGUGGUGGCGGUGAUGCUAAAGAUACCAAAGCAUUUUACGAUGCCCGAGUCUGUGCAACCAUGCUACCGGAAUAUCCUUACCGAUGCUCACGAGGUGGCAGCCUAUGUCUUGGGGCUCAUCAGUUGUGUGACGGGUUGGCACAGUGUCCAAAUUACAACGAUGAAAUGGGAUGUGACUACAGUUAUGGUGGCAGCGAUAAAUGUAGGCUUCCAAUUGACAGUCGCAAUCUUGGAAACACCGGUCAGCGUGACUUAAAUUCUCAGCUCCUCGACGCCCACAACUACUUCCGGUGCCUUCACAGGGUUGGCCCGUUGUCAUGGGACGCCAGCUUAGCUAACGUGGCACGGAGAGUGGCAAGUGACAACAUGAUGCGUGGAUACUUGAAACACAGCAGUUAUGGAUAUGGCGAGAAUCUAGCGAUGGUACAAAUUUCAGAUAUCAGCCAUAUUUCAGGCUACGGAAUUAUUAAAAUGUGGUAUGAUGAAAUAGAAAUGUACGACUUCUCCAGACAAGGAUUCAAAUCUUCAACUGGUCAUUUGACUCAAGUACUGUGGGCUGGAACAACAAAGCUCGGGUGUGGAGCUGCUUCUAAAGACGGCGCCAUUUACAUCGCUUGUGAGUACGACCCUCCAGGAAACGUGAUUGGUCGGUUUGAGAAGAAUGUCUUCCCACGUGUACAGUGA